ACAAACUUUGGCUAGCGGGCGUACAUGUGCCCUUUUUUGUUGCGGAGAACCCAACAUAUGUUGACGUUAAAAUAGAGACGCAGUAUAUCAAAAUCUUUUAAACAAACACCGACAAACAUGAAGCCCGAAAAUCAGGAAAACAGAUUAAAGACAGAAGAUAGCGGGGAAGAAGAAAAUGAAUCUCCCGAUCAAAGAUAUGAAGACAGAGACGACGAACUUUCUCCACGACCCCGACCCACACCAAAGCCUGGACCAGGAGAACAUCCAUUACAAUUCAACUAUGCAGUAUGGUUCUCACGGAAAUCUCCCGGGAAACAGUCAUCAGCCACCAGUUAUAAUCAGAAUCUCAAACUUAUCACAACUUUUGCUUCUGUAGAACAAUGGUGGAACCAUUACAGCCACUUGGUACGACCCAGUGACCUCACUGGACACAGUGACUAUCACAUAUUCAAGGAAGGCAUUCGUCCUAUGUGGGAGGACACUGCAAAUAACAAGGGUGGAAAAUGGAUUGUACGGCUGAAGAAAGGCUUGGCAUCUCGAUGCUGGGAAAAUUUAGUACUGGCUAUGUUAGGAGAGCAGUUUAUGGUUGGUGAGGAGAUCUGUGGGGCAGUUAUUUCUAUUAGAUACCAGGAAGAUAUUUUAGCGUUAUGGAAUCGUACGGCUAGCGACACUGUAACGACAUCAAGGAUCCGUGACACUCUGAAACGUGUCCUUAACCUUCCACCCAACACUAUCAUGGAAUACAAAACACAUAACGACAGUAUGAAAGACAAUUCAAGUUUCAGAAAUACAGAUAUCUUUAUGCGGUGACAGGGACACAACUUUCACUGGACUUAACUAUUGCUGCCAAAUAAGGCAGAGUGAAAUGCUGUUGUGGCCUCUGUUAUUAUGAUAAUAAUGACUGGAAUAUGAAACAGACAUUAUCAAAGUCACAAACAAGCCAGCUAAAUGCAUUAUGUCUAUACAUUUCCUGCCGGUAUUUCAUCUUCAGGAGGACUGUAGUGAUGAUGCAGCAUAAUUUGUCCCACAUUCGUAAAAGUGGAACGCUACUGACUUUGUAAUAAACAUGGUGCAACGUGUCUGUGAAUGUUGAUGCAGAGUAAUCGUGUGUCAUGAAUAUCAGUAUUUACUGAGGGAGAGAGAUCAAUCUGUAUUUCAGUAUUUACACAGAGAGAGUGUAUCUGUAUUUCAAAAUUUACAGAGAGAGUAUGCCUGUUUUGCAAUCUGUGCUAUCAAACUCAUUAUUUUAGAUCUGAAUUUUCUUUUAGUAGAUCUAUAGCCUAUUUUCUUUUCAAUUAUUUACUUAACAAAACUAUUGGUGUCCUUCUUGUUGAACUAGUUAAUGUUCUAAAUUCCAAAGAAAUCUACACUCUAUAUGUUUCAGUGUGGGAGGUAUUAGGAAAAUUCCUAAUUUUCAAUUUUCAGGUACUGCAUAAUUAUCUCCUUGUUUCUUGAUGAAUGUGGAAGUCUUUGAACUCCCUUUGUAGGAAUCUGUUUACUCCCUUUGGCCCACAGUUUAAGACAUUUCAGUAUAUUCAGGUAACUCAGAAUUAUAACAAGCAGAGCACUUCCAUCAAGGACAAGUCCUCUGAUAGAUUCAAGAUAAGUGUGUAAUGUUUUAAAACCUUGCAGACUUCUCCCUUAGAUCCUCAGGGAAAUUGCAGUUGUCAAUCAGGCAGUGUUGGGGGAGGGGAUAGGUUUCCUCUGGAUUUUCUGGUUUUAAUUGAUUGAAAGAAUGAAACUCCAGAUUCAGAAACCUUAAUUUUAGUUAAGUUUUUAAGUGUAUUCCAUAUCAGAAUAAUAGACCAUCAAAACAUUGUUGUGAAGUGUCCUCAUUAAUAAGUUCAGAUGUUUGGACAUUUCCAGAAGUAUACAGUAAUUAUAUUAGAAACUCCAACCAAGUUGGAAGGUAAGCAGGCUGUUUCAUCCUUGAGAAAAUCCUCAUUUUAGAUCUGCAGAAUUGAGGCAUAUACACUUAUGAACUUCUUUUAUCAUUAAAAAAAACAGAGCUUUUAUUCUAAAGUGAAUUGUUUCCUAGUCUGAUACAUGGGUCUAAAUUUAUGUCACAUAAAUCCUAUCAUUUUAUGACCGUCAUUCACUUUUCAAACACCUCAUAGGUUUGAAGAUAUUGCAAUAUUACAAUGAAACGGGCACAAUCUGUUCAAGCGACGUUUGUCAUCAUAUAAGAAAACAAUUAUUGACCUAUUUACAGGUGAAUAGAGAAAAUAUUAACUCUCCUAUUCACCGGAGACUUGGGAAAUACAUGUAUCAACUUCCAGGGUAAAUAAAUCCUUGUAUUCAACUGAAAACAGGUCAGUAAUUGUCCAUUGUUGAUGAUUGACCGAGUACUGCCAAAACAUUUUAGUAGGGAGACCGUUUUAUGACAGGACAAUGAUUCAUGUUUAUUUUUUGGCAUUUCCAAUAAAACUGUAAAAAGAGAUAGGUUUGGCUUAUUGCUAGAAAAAUAUGGUAUUGGAUCACUUAAUCAAUUACAUUGUAUCAUUAUUCAUGAAUGGUUUUCUGGCAGACAUGAGUUAAAGUUGAACAUGAUAAAUGAGUCUGUGUUGUACAAAUUUUUAAGAUUUAAACUGAUUUUCUUGAUGUAGUAAUAUCUAUCUCACUGUUUAAUCAGUGGGUAAUUUGUCACUGGUCAGAUAAUUGUGCAUAUCUUGAACCUAGAGAUCAAAAAUCAUAUCAACUGUGUUUGUUUUGGACACAAGGUCUAACACUAAGACUGCAUUUGUGUAACCGAGUUGAAACGGUGCAGGUGGCUUGGAAUUGUUCCACUUUACACAAACACACUUGUACUGGAUGUUGGACUUGAUAUAUGUAAAGUUCAAAAUGCACAGUUUCGGAAUUUCCUGUCGAGCAUAAAUCAAUUAACUAGUAUUAAGAUACCAGCCUCGGCACUCUAACAGUCUUUGUAAUUAUGUUGUAUCAGAUUCUUGUUGAAUUUCAGGACAGUGCCUGGUUGUUGUGAUGAAACUUAAGUUGGUCACAAUCUGCAGUGUUAUUUUUUUCUGACAAAUUGUUUACAAGUGUUGCAGCACAGUCUGAUAUGAAUGUUGUUGAAAGUGAAUGGUUUAUUCAAAAUAAAUUACAUAAAAUACAUGA